AAUGGAGACAUUUUAUUUCGAGAAGAAUUGUUGCAGAGCAAGUGGGCAGCUGUUCUGGACUCAGCUCGGAACAAAACCACUCAGACUCCGUCCAUUGGACAGUGCGUUCAAGAGGCCUUGAUCAUUGCAAAACUGGCUUCUGAAAGUGUCUGCGAUUACCCAAAAUUAUCUGCAGCUGUGAAGGAAGGACAUAUAAUCCCAUUUCUUGAAGCAAACUCUUGUCUGUUAGCAGAUCUAAUGCAGGUUCUUAGAAGCGGGGAUGUGGAGAAGGUCAGAGCAAUUCUUCGGAGCUCUGAGAUACAAAAGGAACUGGCCAUGUUGUUGGACCAUGAAGGAAGAGACUCGUUGAGUUGUGAUCUACCAUCACCUUUUGCUGAAAAGCAAGAGAUCAAUGAGUCAGCAGUCAAGAAAUGUGAAGACUACCAAGCAAUUGGCAAUGAAUUAUACAGCGAUGCUUUUGUUCCUGUGGAAAUCACUAAUGUUGAGUCCCAAUCUGAUCGAUUAGAGCUUGAGAGUCAGAAGGUUACGAGCGCAAAAUCAACUUGUCUGUCUGCACAGAAGACUGUAGAUUUCACUGAAAGUGAUACAGCUACUUGUAUACCACCUAAGACACAUUUCAACUUGAAAGGAGAUUUUGCUAGUUUCGACCCAAAGGCGUUGACUGAAACCAUUAGAAAACUUGAGGCUAAACUCCAGAGACUUCAGGCAGAGAAGGUGGAUAUGGGUCAGCAUUUGCAGUGUACAAACAGCCAGUUGCUUCAUGCAUCUGAAGAGAAAAGUAAAUUAGCAGAUCAAUUGCAUCUUGCAAAUAGCGAAGUGAACCAAUUAUCUCAGAAGCUUGAGGAGAUAACCGAAGAAAAGACUCAGGAGAAAGAAUCCAUGAAAAACAACUUGAGGAAAGAAAAUGAGGUUCUGGAAAAACGAAAUAAAGAGCUGCUGAAUGGGAUAGCAAAACUGGAAUCUGACCAAAGAGAGCUAGAAGCAGCCUUUCGAGAGAAGAAUGAGGAAUGUUUACAGAGAAUGUCUAAACUAAAAGAAGAGAAGAGUAAACUGGAAGACACAAUUAGCUGCAUGCAGAAAGAAAAUGCACAGAACUUAGCAGAGUGUCAUCAAAUUGUUGAAAACUUAAGCACACAAAAUGAGGAGCUGAAGGAAAGAGUAUCAGAACUGGAAUCCAAGUAUAAAACACUCGCUAACACAGUGACAGGAUUGAAGCAAGAGAAAGGAGAGCUGAUGAAGGAAAAUGAGCAUCUGCUAAAAAACAUUAACGAACUGGAGAGCGAGAAGGCACGAAUAAUACACCAAACUGUGCACCAGUUAACAAGAGAGAAUGAAAAUCUUUUAGCAAAGGUCAGGAAACUGGAAAGUGAAGUAGAGACGUACUUUAUUGAGAGCAGUACAGUACAAGACAAAAUAAAUCAUUUGGAAAAUGAGAAUACCAACUUGAUAAAUUUGAAGGAAAGUCUAGUUAAAGAACUGAGAGCCCAGGGAACAAGUGAAAUAACUAAGCAAGAUGAAUUAAAGCAACAAAAUGACAAUUCAACACGAGGUGGUACCUUCAAAAAAGAUGACAGGGACAAGACUGAGAAAAUGUGCCAAGUGCAACAAAAUAUGGAUCUGCAGGAACAGAAUGAUGCAGUAAAUGAUGGAUUGGCAGAGUCAUCAAUAGUUAAACCCCAGGGAGGAUCUAAUGAUUACCGGAACUUGAGGUGCAAAAUAAAUGCAGAAGACCAAAAAUACCUUGCUGAAGAAACUGGAACUGUCACAGAAACAUGCUUGGAAGAAAAUGCAAUGGUGAAUGAUGUAGCUUUUGAAGUUGUUAAUUAUUCUGACAAAAUUAAGUCAUUGGAAAGUACUGUUAAGGAAAAGGAUCAAGCCCUGAAAAAGCUGAAGCUGGAUUAUGAUACUUUCCAAAGAAAACUGAUGGAUAUUGAGGAGAAAUCUGCAACUGCUGACAUAAAGUUAAAGCACAAAGGGCUGGUUUUGCAGGGGAAAGAGAGCCCAGUUAAGAAACCUGUGACUGAGACGCUGCCGUUGACUUUGAUCGAAAGGAACAAUGCACUUGAGAUGUUACUUGAGAAAACAGAAAUGGAGCUCAACUCAAAGCAAGAAGAACUGGACAAGACAAAAACUGAG